ACAAAACAAUAAAAUUAUAGAAAUUCCUCCCUCCCUCCAUCUUGUUUGUUUUCCUUUUCCUUUUCAACAACUCUUUAAUUUUAAUUCUUCAUGUGAUAUAUUUUUAGAUAAAUUUAUUGUUCAAUUGAUAUACAUAGAUUAUACAUCAUUACACUGAUCAAAGGUAUAUUAUACAUGACUUACACAUAUAUUACAUAUCCACUGACUGUUUUAAAUUUAAUCAAUUGGAUGAAGGACUAUUUAGGUGAAUUUUUUACACUAAAUUAUUUGUUCAUAGACACCAUUGAUUAACAUAAUAAGACAAUCAAUGUUUAAUAUAAUCAACCUGCCACACUAUAAAUCAUGCCUUAUUGAGGACAAGAAUAUUAUACAUGGUGACAACUAAUUCCCAUCAACCAUGUUACCCUUCCAUUUUCAAAUUUAUCACUAGUCACCCCACCCCCACCCCCACCCCCACACCCACCCUCCCUAUAAUAAGUAGCUCCAACUUUCUCAUCAAUUCUCCAAACUUUUUUCUCUCUAAUACAAUGGCAAGAAAAUUUGGAAUUUUCUUGACAAUCUUUUGUAUUCUCUUAACUUCAUGUCAUGCAGAUUGGAACAUUUUGAAUGAGCAAAGAACCAGUAGCGGUCUCAAAAUAAGCCUGAAGAAUUUUUGUGAGAGUUGGAGAAUGAAUGUUGAGUUGCACAACAUUAGAAACUAUCAGGCUGUUCCUCAAGAAUGUAUUGCAUAUAUUGGAAAAUACAUGACUUCUACUCAAUACCAAGUGGAUUCUGAAAGAACUAUUAGUGAAUGUAUACUUCAUCUUACUACUAACUGUAUUUUGGAAAAGGAUGGCAAAGAUUCUUGGAUUUUUGAUAUUGAUGACACCCUUCUUUCUUCUGUUCCUUACUACAAGAAAAAUGGAUUUGGGGGAAACAAGCCAAAUGAGACAGCUUUAGAGGAUUGGAUGAGCCAAGGGAAAGGAACAGCAUUGAAACAUUCUUUGAAGUUGUUCAAUCAUCUUAAAGAGCUAGGAGUUCAAAUCUUUCUUGUUUCUUCAAGAAAAGAACAUCUUAGAUCUGCCACUGUGGACAAUCUUGUCCAUGUUGGUUUUUAUGGAUGGAAAGAACUCAUACUAAGAAGUCAAGAAGAUGAAUGCAAGAAUGUUCAAAAGUUCAAGGCAGAGGCAAGAAAUAAAAUUAUAAGCAAAGGCUAUAGAAUUGUGGGCAUUAUUGGAGACCAAUGGAGCAGCAUUGUGGGUCUUCCAAGUGCAAAAAGAUCAUUCAAACUUCCAAAUCCAAUGUACUAUAUUGCUUGAUAUAUAUGGAUCCAUUUUGUUCCUUUCACUUGUGAAAUUUGUCAAGUUUUUGUGAGGAAAUAAACAUGAUUUCUUGGAUGUUA